CAACGCUGGCUCCUUGGAUACAAACAGGAGGGAGUGCGCUCACUGUGGAGGACUGACAACAACAACAACAUGGAGCUUCGAGAUAGGGAGACGGCUUCUGCUCGGUUGCCAGCAGAUGAAAAUACAAUUCAGUCUGUUGGACAAACAUCCAUAAACCAGCCGGGAGCUCAAAGUCAUGACCGGCAGAGGCAGCCCAGGCUGGACACGGAUAGCUGGGAGCUUCAACAGCGAUGGCAGCGCUCGUUUGAGCCAGGUAUGUCUCGAAUUUCAGGACAGCAACCUGUCUCCAUCCCUCUCCCUGUUGCCUGCACACUCUGGAGUGGAACAAAACUUCACUGAAUAUUCUUUAUUCCAACAAAGUGACAGUGAAUUUGCCCCUUUAAGGGCGUUUCCCGACGUCUCUAUGGCAUCAGAGAGGUUUCACGUUCCUCUCCAGGAUCGCACCUCUCAAGCCUCUGAGCACGGCUCCCUGUCCCAGUACCCUUUGGACCAGGCUACCAACCUGUCUGGAGAGGGAGUGAGCAGCUGCUGCUCUCUGUCCCAACACAGCUUAUCUCCAGGAGACGAAGGCAGACGAGAGGAAAAAGUGCACCCACCAGUGAUUGCAACCACUUACAGACGGGGAGUACCAUCCAGUGAUGAUUCAGAUAGAAGAGAGAAAGACUCAGAGACUCAAACUGACACGCCAGUAGGAGAGGCUGCUCAAUAUGACAUAUCCUUUCUGAGUAAAGAUGUUCCUGCCCAGCAUCUUCUAGAGCUCCUUGAGAAAGAUAUUGGCAUGCAAAGCAGCAGUAGUAGUGCUCUUUCCUCUUCCUCUGAGACCUCUGUGAAGGUGGCUUUAUCUUUUGCAGAAGAUUCUAAAAGCAUUCAAGUUUGCAAACCAGCCUUUAAGCAAAGCAUGGGUAAAAGAGAAGGUCCUCCAGGUGAAGCUUCUCUUCCCCAGCAGCAGUCCAAACAACCUGACGGAGGCUUAUUCCCUGACCAAUCACAGACAUUGUUAUCGGAGGAAAGCAACAUAACCAUGGGGACCCGCAGCACUAAACCUGAUGACAGCAGUGAAGAGUUACACAAAGAGUUGCUGUCUGAGGUAAAGAGGCGCAGCAGUCGAGAAAAUGAAUUUAAAAACCAACAGCGUAAAAGUUCUACACCACCCGUUAUAUCUCUCACACCAUUUCCCACAGUGGCUUCUGAAGUCAAGCCAAGUGCUAUCAGAACUCAUUUUGGUGGCCUGCAGUGGACAGGGGCGUUUUCAGCCGGCUUUGAGCGCGGUCACAGAGAACAAGACCUCUGGCUCUCUGGGAACCACACAGGGAUUGAUGGGUCCUACCUGGGUUUCAUUCCACAAUCUCAAUCCACUCCAGGGGUGUUUAAAGCCCCAUCCAAAUCCAGUGUCAAGGCUAAAUUAGGGCAACUCUCUGCCAUAGAAUCUAACAAAGAGAACUCUUCUCAGUCAAACACAGGGAUGUCUCCACAGCCAGCUGUUCCUGCAACGGAUCCCCCUGAAACAACAAAUCAGAGCCGAGGGGCAACCACCUCUGCUGAAGUCCAAUCUCUCCCAAGUCUCAACUACAUGCAGAAAGUAGACGCCUGGAGGGCAAAUCAGAGUUCAGGCAAGGCAGCACUGUUUGAUAGCUUGGCAGUGCAAGGAUUUUCCAGCGUCUCUCCUAAACAGAACGCUUACGAAGCAGUAUCUGAACCCUUGAAUCGCAUCCUGAGUCAGCAGGCGGGGAGAUUACAGCCAAGUGCUGCCAAUCAGGAGGUCACACAGAGCUCCUCCAAGGCUCCCUCUGGCUCCACUUCUCCAAGGAGAGGGGAGGCCGUGGGCAGGGCUCCCAGAGACCAAGAUAACUCUGCAACAAGAACUUCUGCAUCACCCUUUGGCAGGUCUCAGUCCCACUCCUCUCUUUGCACCAUUGUCAUGUCGGAGCAGAAAGAUCAGCAGAGUAAAAGACCUGCAGGUGAAGAGAACAUUGAGACUCCUCAUCAGCCAAGCACCACAGUUCAGCCCCCGCCUCGCAUCAGCCUCGGUCAGUUCAGCGACGUAUCUCUUGAUCACGAUUUGACACUCUCAAGUUCCCAAGAAAGUUACAACAGUGGAGUUAAAUUAGCAACGUCCAUCGGAGCAUCUUCUGUUGUCAGUCUGGAGGUUGAUAACUACGCUCCGUACUGGACUUCGAAAAUGUCCACACCACCACCGAUGGCAAGGCAACGAGAGAUAGACAUCGAACAACGAAUUCCGUUGUAUCUCCGUAACCUGGGUAUUGACCAGUCUCCCUCAACUAUUUUAACUCCAUUUGCACCAAGAGGGCCAAUCAGAGAGCCGGAGUUCUCUCCCACUGAUCUCUGUACUAUUAAAGGAUCUAUUGGAACACCAACCAAGAGCCCCUUACCCUCUGAAGGUGGCAGUCCCCAUAAAGGAGAGUUUUCCAGGUGCAGCAUUCUGUCAGUGGACUCCAGUAUAUCCAUCCCGUUGAGCCUGGACAGUCUCGGUGAGAGUGAACGCAGACUGGCUCCCUCCUCCCUGCCGGAUGAAGACUCCUACCCUUCCAGCCCGCAACAGCACAUGGACAGCAGCUUAACCAGCAGCCAGAACACCAUAACACUCAGAGACAGGUACGACUCCGACCUCUCCUUCGCUACCAAGAGUACGGAUUCAGACUUGGAGUCUCCCUUGCAAACGAGCCGAAGUUCGGAGCAAAUCGCAGAAGAUUCUAUGGUUAGCUCUAAAGCCUUGAUGGAAAUCCGUAAACUCCUCUUUCAGGCGGAGAACAUGGUGUCUUCUGGGUCUUCUGUAGAUUCCUCUGCCCCCACUGCAGUGCCCCGUUUGCUCUCUGAUGAUAACAUCUUUCUCUCACUGAGGAAGACACCCAGCACCCACCAGGACUCUUCCUCCUCAGUUACUGAGGAUCCCAGAGCUAGAUUCUCCCCGCUGUGGGCCAGAUCUGCAUCCGACUCCAUGCUGACCUCAGAGAGACUGAGAGAAAACUCUAUUGGUCGAGAGACUUCAUCGGGGCAGCCCAAUUAUCCGUCCACACAAGCUCUUACUUCCACAGGUGCGUACAGGAGGCCACAGGAUGUUGGUAGAGACGCAGGAUCCCUCGUCCUCUCCCAAUCAGCCCGACGUGCAGAGCCUGAGGGCUGCAGCGCUGCCCCCGUCGACAACACCGUCCCACCACAAGCACCUUCACCAGCUCUGAGUAUACAGCUCACCUCUACUGCUACAGACACAGAGGAGGAAAUGCAGGCUUCUCUGGAAGGUCCUCUACAGAGCAGCUCCCCCCCGCCUGCUCUGGAGAACAGCGAUCAGGGAGUGAUGAGCGACGGCAGCAGUGAGAGCUUGCUGGCGGUCAGAGUGGCGCAGUUACUGCAGAAUGAGUCUCCGGCCACCAUGGUGUCCAGUACAGCCAGCAUCACUGACAAUGAGGAGAGCAAAGCUAUGGAGUGGAUAAAGCUGAAGAUCUCAGGGCAGCCGUGUGAGCCUCUGGUGUUGGAUAAAGAAGACAGAAGGCGGAUUGAAGAGAUCAAGAGAGAUCUGCUGUUAAAAAACCCAACGAAGAGUCAGGGCAGCACAGAUACAGAGAGCAGUGCAGCGUCCAGUAUUCAAGUAUUCAGGGAGCCGGAUCCUCUCCAGAAAGCAGCCACACUCCCUCCACCAGGUGUUGCUAACAAACAGCUGCUGCCGGGCCUCCACACAGAUCUCUCUUACUCCAGCUCGCCGCUUCAAAACCUUCUCCGCCCAGAUCUAGAAGCUCAGAUAAAUGCGAUCGCUGCCAAAGAAGGAGUAACUCUACCUAGGAAAAACCCUCAAGCCCUCACCUCCAUCACCAUCGCCACACGUAGACGCUCCACCUCUCCCUCUCCCUCCACGUCGCCUGCACCUCCUCUCAUUCCAGCACCAGGGCUGCUCCACCUGGCUGAGCUCUCCACAGGAGCAGUCCAAUUUCCCAAAUCUAACAUUCAGCUUCCUCCUAUGGAUAAGGAAGAUAAGUCAACAGCAUCGGUGUUUGAUACGAGCAAUAACCUAACAUCUCGGUCAGUACCAGCGAAUCAGAAGAGGGAAGACGCUGUAGGAGGCCAGUUUGAAGAACCUCCCCCACCCUCACAGGGUAUAAGUCAAGAGGAUGCCAAAGAGGGGAACACACAGUGUGUCAGGCAGGAUGAAGAAUUAUCCGUCCAGAUCAGCCCUGCUCCUGGUGUUGAUCAGGAACAUGAACAUGCCACAGGUUCAUCAACAUCUGAGUCUCUAGACAGGACCGGUCACGUCUCACAUGUCCAUCUCACUCUGUCCCCUAAAGCCAAAGAUGUCCGCUCCAGUCACACUGAUGCUGUUGUGAAGCUGCCUCAGAAAGAGUUUGUUCCCCUCAGACCCUCCUCAUCUGCUGCCAGCAGUCCUGAUGAAGGUGUGGGUCUGUGCAGUCCUCCAGAGUGGUACGACACACAGCGGGGGCCAGAGAGAGCCGACACCUCCACCCUGUUUAAAACCUCUGUGCCUCAGGGAGGGAAGACCUCCACAUCCACACAAUCCUCCAAACCAAGAAGCGUUGUGUCGCAGAGAACUUUACCCACUGUAUCGCCAGCCGUGCCUGUGCUGUUGCCGUAUAAACCUCGUGGCAGUGAGGAGCUGUUCUACAUCCCUCAGACCGAAGCUGACGUCUCCUCCAUCGAACCCUCUGAAACCACCAUGGAGAGCUCCCACACAGGCUCAGACGACGCUGUGCCCCCCCGCUUCAGCAGUGACGUCCUCGGACGCAGAGACGCUGGAGUGGAGCGAGGAGUUCCCAUCAGACACUCAGAGGGGAUCUACAGCAGGAGGCUGAAGCCAGGAGGCGUCAAGAUGCAGGAGCUCAGACACAGAGGUGUAUCAGCUGAUGGACCCUCACAAACGAGGGAGACUCAAACUCCGAAGCCGUCUCCCCAGGCAACAGCAACAGCAGCUGCCCCCCCCAGGCUGAGAGACCAGGGGACGAGCCCCCUGCAGUUCCCCAGUUGCGUUCAGCCGGAGCCGAACCGUGUGAGAUUUCAGCCUGAUGUUGUGGACGUGGACUCCGACACGGCGCUCCAUCACCUCACCACCAGCUCUGUCCCUCAGAGAGGAGGGGAGGGUGCCCAGGAGAGGAGGGACUCUCACCUCCGCCCCCCCGCUGGCCCCCCCGCUGCCCUGCAGAGCAGCAGCACUCUGGACCAGCUGUGGGAGAGUUUCUGUGACCGCUGGAGCCCGGAGGAGUCCCGACCGAUCAGCGAGAGAGAGGCUUCGCUGCUGCAGCGCCUCGAACGCCUGUCCCGUCUCAUCCACAGCACGAGGGGGAACAACAUGUCAGGACUGCAGGAAGGAGAGCAAGGAAGAAGCAGAGAAGAUGCUACAGGGAAAGAAAUAACAAAGGAUGUCGGAGUAGGUAGUGAGCUCAGAGGAGGCAGAAAGGUUGAAGGUGAACCUCCAGUCCUCCGUCAGGCCUGGACACACAGUCUGCAGGUGGAGGAGACUUCUGUUCCUGCAGAGGAGGACUCCUUCACCUGCAGCUCCUCCCAGAGUCCCCACCUGUGUCCUGCAGACAGAGACGAGUCAGAGACGCUGUCCUCCAUGUCCGGCUCAGGCUCCAUGUCCACUGUGGACACGGCGCGGCUGGUCCGAGCCUUCGGGGCACACCGAGUCCAAAGCCUGAAGACGAGCUCCGGCCUCAGGAGACUGUACAGCGCCAUCGACAAGCAGAAAGAAGGGAGGGAGCCGAGGAGAGGGGGGGGCAGAGAGCCGCCUCACAUCACCACGCUGUCAGAGACCACCGGCACAGAUGAGUCCACAGUUGCUCCUGAUUCUGCGUCUUCAACCAGCACGUACACCCUGCCCUCCCCCCGCGGCCCCUCCAGGACCCUGGCAGCCAAGAAGGCUGUUAGGGUCGUGAGCAGAGGCAUCCAGACAGGUGACCUAGAGAUUGUCAGCAAUGGGACUCGACGACACACCAGAGAUGUUGGAACCACUUUCCCUUCCCCUGGUGACGCCCGAACAUCUUCCUCAUCCAGCUUAGAUAGAGGAGGGAGGAGGAGUCAGGGGUCACAAAAACAGAGGAAGAGCAAGAGAAGCCCGCCGAAGAGCUACCCCGAAGGUGUCUCGUGGUUUAUCGCUGCUGAGGACCUGAGGUCAGAGGGGAGGAAGGAGAACCGACCAGAGGAGGAGGAGACGAGGAGGCCGAGCAGCGCCUGGUUUGAACCGCACAGCAAAAUGCAUCCAUGGAGAGAACCGCUGCGACAGAGACAAAUCCACGAGGAGGGAAACAGACAUCAUGCUGAACACGAUUUAGAGCGUAGAACCAAAACAAUAUCCUCUGGUCUGGCACGCAUCUCUCUCCAGGAAGCUCUGGAGAUGCGGCGUCCCGAGUUCAUCUCUCAGUCCAGGCGGAGGGUGAAGUGUCUGGCUCUGCAGGCGGAGGACAGGAAGCGACAGGAAGUGUUCAUCAGAGAGAGACACGAUGUCUUCAGCUGGACCGGAGCCAGAGGGAGGCUGCUGAGGCCCAAAGGCACCGCUCUGCUCAGGAGAGCUGUUCCCAGGAAGGAGAUGAUUCAGAGAUCCAAACAGAUUUAUGAGUCGCUUCCGGAGGUGCAGAGGAGGAGAGAGGAGGAGACGAGACGAGACGAGUAUCGAACGUACCGUCUGAACGCUCAGUUCUUCAACAAGAGAAUCACUAACCAUGUCCUGGGCAGAAGAACAGCGUGGCAGUGAUCAAACACCUUUUUUUACUGUAGAUAAAAUCAGUGAUAUUAAUUUUUCACAAUUUUAUUAACAUUAAAAACAAGACUACUAACUUUUAUAUUUAUUUGAGAUCACAUUUUAUAGCUGACAUUUGAAAGAUUAUGUGCAAAAAAGUAAGGAAAUACUUUGCAAACCAGUGAUAUGUCUUUUAAUUGGAUCACAUUUUAAAGUGUGUUUGUUGCAACAAAAAUAAACCAGAUUAUUUCAAACUCCCGGGAUUCCUUGUUUUGAUUGAAGUGAAGGAUGACAAAGGUCAAUUGGCUUUAAUGUCUUUAUUGAUCGGUUAUCUGUUGUGCAGGAAGCCACACGAGGAACAGGUAAGACAAGUUAGACAAGCGGCAGA